CUUAGAAGGGCGGCUUUAGGCUCGGGCAAGGUCGGCCCACUCGGGGCUCCGCGCCCUGAACUGCCGCCGCACCCAGUGAGGAGGGAGCGUAGUGCUGUGGGCAGAGCCGGGGCUGCUGGAGGACACCGCCACCGCUGAGAGGGAACAGCGGCCACUUCCGGCCGGGGGCGCCCAGAUGAGGGAACUGCCUUCCAAAGAGCCAAAAUGCCUCCCACUCAAGCAGAAAGUGUUAUAAAGAAUAUCAUACGAGAAAUAGGACAAGAAUGUGCAGCUCAUGGAGAGAUCGUUUCUGAAACUCUGGUUGCUUUUAUGGUGAAAGCUGUUGUCCUCGAUCCAAGUAAUGGCUUUAACAUGGAUAGAACCCUCAUGAAAAGUGAUGUGCAGAAACUUGUUAAGCUUUGUGUGGCCCGGCUACUGGAUAACAAAAAUCCAUCCCUGGACACCAUUAAGAUGCAAGUCUACUUUGAUAUGAAUUAUACAAGUCGAGAGGAAUUUCUUGAAGAACAUCACCGGGUCCUGGAGUCUAGAUUAGGUUCUGUUAGCAGAGAAAUUACAGAUAAUAGAGCAUGUACUAAAGAAGAAUUGGAAAGCCUUUAUCGGAAGAUUGUUAGCUAUGUGUUGCUACGCUCUGGGCUUGGAUCCCCUACAGACAUCAAGAUUGUCAGAGAGGCAACAGCUGCCCUACAGAGUGUUUUUCCUCAGUCUGAACUGGGGACAUUUCUGACUCUUAGUAAAAAGGACAAAGAACGCCAGCUGAAAGAACUCACUAUGAUUGUUACUGGAAUUCGCUUAUUUAACAGAGACUGUGGAAAAGGGGGUGAAGGCAUUGAUGAUUUGCCAGCUAUUCUACAUGAAGCAAUCCCAGCCACCACUCAGCAUAUUGAUUCCCAACUUCAGAUUGCCCAGGACCAGGUAUAUCGCUACACAGCCAUUCUUGAGAAGGUAACAAAGAACCCACUCAUGAGUAAAGAACUUGAGCCAUAUAUGUUAAAGGAGGCAUUGUAUAAUGUACGACAAUAUGAGAUCUUCCUUCAGAUCAUUUUGUCAGAUAUAAUUACUUGUGCUCAAGAAGUGGAAAUUAUGAUAAAACAGUUAGGAGCCCAAUUGGAACAUUUAAAAUCCACUGUAAAAUCAAGAACAGCUGUUCCAACAUCACAAGUCUUUCCCAUCUUCAUUGCACUGGCCAGUCUGUGGACUAGCUUUCAGGAUGAAACUGUUUUGAUUAGUGUCCUCAGUAGUUUAACCAGUCACCUGGAGCCAUUCCUGGGUACUCAUGAACUUCUCUUUCCUGACAAAUUAAUGCAAAGACUUCUUGAUGAUGUGACAGUGAAAACAGAUGUGUGUAGAAUAAAAGAACAUAUGGAAGAUAGAGUACAUUUGACAGACUUCAGAAAACUGGAAUGGCUUUUCCCAGAAACAAUAGCAAAUUUUGAGAAAUUGUUAAUUCAAUAUCGGGGAUUUUGUGGUUACACAUUUGCUACAACAGAUGGUCUUCUCCUUCCAGGAAAUCCAACAAUUGGAAUUUUGAAAUAUAAAGAAAAUUAUUAUACAUUCAACACCAGAGAUGCUGCAUAUUCAUUUGCAGAAAAUCCUGAAAACUACAUUGAUAUAAUUAAAGGAAAAGCAAAAAAAAAUGCAGAGUUAAUUCAGCUUUUGGAACUUCAUCAACAGUUUGAAACACUUGUUCCAUAUUCUCAGGUGAGAGAUGUUGACAAACAUUACAUAAAACCAAUUACAAAGUGUGAAAGUAGUACACAGACGGAUACACAUAUAUUGCCACCAACAAUUGUGAGAUCAUAUGAAUGGAAUGAAUGGGAAUUAAGAAGAAAAGCUAUAAAAUUGGCCAAUUUGCGUCAGAAAAUUACCCACUCGGUACAAACUGAUCUUAGUCACAUGAGAAGAGAAAAUUGCUCACAGGUAUACCCUUCCAAAGAUGCUAGCACCCAGUCCAAGAGGGAGGGCAGUUCUCGAGUGCCCAGGCCCCAGAUUUACAUAGCUGGUCUUCGAGGGGGACGAAGUAAAACUACCCAUGGAGUCAAGGUGAACUUAACUAGAGCUGUUGAUGAAACCUAGAGGGAGAUCACAUUUUUAAAGAUGUUACCUAGUUAUGAACAAUGGCAAAUACUUAAAAGUAUUUUUACUUCCAUGAAAAUUAAUUUUGUAGAAAAUGGCACAUGCAAUUGCUACAAAAAACCAGAAGUUAUUUUCUGUAAUACAUUUUCAUUAUAUUAAAAUUGAAAAGUCAAAUUCUGUCCUUUUAUCUUUUAUUUAUCUAUUAGAAAAUGUUUGGCAACAUGAAGAUUGAAAUUAUGAUGCCCUUUAAAUAAUAGUAUGUUGUAAGAUAAUAUGUCACUGGAAUAGGAGACUAUUUCUAAAAUCAUGUUUAAUGUAAAACAUUAAAUUUUUAAAGCCCAAUCAAUAUUUUCAGUUUUACUAGCUAUAAAAUGAUAGCAUAGAUUAAAUUGCUGUAUAAUAAAAUCUUAUCAUUUAGAACAAGUAGAGGAAAGUUCUGCAUGAUGACUCUUUGGUUUUUGGUACUGGGGAUUGAACCCAGGGGCAGUUUACCACUGAGCUAAAUCCCCUGUCCUUUUAAUUUAUUUUUUAUUUGAGAUUGGGUCUUGCUGAGUUGCUGAGGGUCUCCCUAAGUUGCCAAAGCUGACCUGGAACUUGCUUUUGCCUCAGCCUCCUGAGAUCCUGGAAUUAAAAGUGUGUGCCACUACUCCUGGGUAACGUGAUGACUCUUAAAACCUGGAAAUUUUACCUAAAAUUUGGAUUUCUGUUUCUUUGAAAAAAUAUCUGAUAGGGUAUCUGAUGACACUUGACUGGGCAUUUCUCUAAAUAGCAGCUUUGCUUUUUCACUGAGCAGGCCACUUGUAAUUCUCCACUGUCUAAUCCAAUUCCUACAGCUUUACAGGCCUCCCAUUUCAUUCCUCUUGUUAAUUUGCCUGUCCCUGUGGGCAGGUGUGUUGAGGGCCCCUGUGAAUUACUGAUGCAUAUAUAAAAUUUAACAUAAUUAUAUGCAUAUAACAAUAUGUACACACACACACAGACACAUACACACAUACACAUACAUUUAUCUAAUAGUACUGGGGAUUUAACCCAGAGGGACUUUACCAGUGGACUAUACCCCCACACCCCCUUUUUUAAGUUUUGAGACAGGGUCUUGCUAAGUUAUAGAGGCUAGCCUUGAACUUGUGAUCCUCCUGCAUGACUGGGAUCACAGGUGUAUGCCAUAAUUCUGACUGUGUUAGCUAAAUUUAGAGCUGUAAUUUUACUUCUGUCUUAUAUACUUCUAAUACCAACUCAUGGAUAAGAAAGGUUCCAGA